GUUGGCGGCGGACGGUGGUGGGAAAGCGCCCAGGGCCGAACCAUUUCUGUGCUUUUAUUUUUACUCCCUGUUUAGAGCCGGUCUGAAGGGCGGCUCCGUAGAUGGCCAGCUUUCCCCCGAGUGUUAACGAGAAGCUCAUUGGACGAUCACGGACAGUGGGAGAGCUUUUAGCCCCGACUUCUCCUUUCGACCAGAAGUGUGGGCGGGAAAACUGGACCGUUGCCUUUGCUCCAGAUGGAUCCUACUUCGCUUGGUCACAAGGCCAUCGCAUAGUAAAGCUUGUUCCCUGGUCUCAGUGCCUUAAUAACUUUUCGUUGCAUGGCGUAAAGAAUUUUGCCAACUUAAGCCAUUCCAAGCUCUCGAGGCAGAACAGCGAUGGCGACCAGAAAGGCAAACCCCGCGAGCAUGUUAUAGAUUGCGGCGACAUAGUCUGGAGUCUCGCCUUUGGAUCAUCAGUGCCCGAAAAGCAGAGUCGUUGUGUGAACAUCGAAUGGCACCGGUUCAAAUUCGGCCAAGACCAGCUUCUGCUGGCGACCGGCUUAUCCAAUGGGCGAAUCAAAAUAUGGGAUGCCUAUACAGGGAAGCUCCUCCUUAACUUAAUGGACCAUACUGAAGUUGUCAGAGACUUAACUUUUGCACCCGAUGGGAGUCUGAUUCUAGUAUCUGCCUCAAGAGACAAAACGCUCAGGGUGUGGGACCUCAAAGAUGACGGAAAUAUGAUGAAAGUAUUAAGAGGCCACCCAAACUGGGUGUAUAGUUCUGCUUUUUCUCCCGAUUCCUCCAUUCUCUGCUCCGUGGGGGCCAAUAAAACAGUGUUACUUUGGGACAUGGAUAAGUACGUCCUCAUCCGGAAGCUGGAAGGGCACCACAACGAUGUUGUAGCCUGCGAGUUUUCCCCCGAUGGAGCUUUGCUGGCUACGGCAUCACACGACACCCGUGUCUAUGUCUGGGACCCACAUAUUGGAGCAAUCUUGAUGGAGUUUGGGCAUCUCUUUCCCCCUCCUACUCCAAUAUUUGCUGGGGGCGCAAAUGACCGAUGGGUCAGAUCUGUCUCGUUCAGUCAUGACGGAAUGCAUAUUGCAUCUCUUGCUGAUGAUAAGAUGGUGCGGUUCUGGCGCAUUGAUGAGGAAUACCCUGUGCAGGUUGCACCUUUAAGCAACGGACUUUGCUGUGCCUUUUCAACUGAUGGCAAUGUUUUAGCUGCUGGAACGCAAGACGGAAGUGUGCACUUCUGGGCCACACCCAAGCAUGUUCCCAGCCUCCAGCACUUGUGCCGCAUGGCGAUCAGGCGCGUGAUGAACACCAGCCAAGUGCAGAAUUUGUCUAUUCCUUCCACGAUCGCGGCUUUCCUUUCCUACCGAAUUUAGGAGAAAGAUCUGUCUGGCACAUCGGGUAAAAGAAGACAUCAAGUGGUUGUUUUUUAAAUAGCCUCCGAGCUUCAACACUUCAUGGGUUCGGAAAUAAAUUUGACCAUCAUUCUUUAAAAAGAAAAGAAAAAAGUCAAGAUUCUUAAUGCUGAUCCCGAGGAGCGUUCAAAGGUGUUAUGUAUAGAAAAGAACAGGAUAGAUGUAUUUCUGACGUUGUCAGACAAUGUUUUUCAAAGAAAUUCUAACUGUGAAAACAUGUACAUAUUUAGGUGUAAGCUGCAAUGUGCUAUCCACGUAUAUCUUUCGUGAUUGCUCUUUUGAUAUAGAGUGUGUGUGUGUGUAUAUAUAUAUAUUAUAUAUAUAUGAGUGUGUGUUUGUAUUUGUGUAUGCAUACAGUACAAAACCUAAGAUUGCCAAUGUUUGCCUAUUUCUGUGCCCUGAACACAAGAGCCGCUAUUUUGUUUAUGUAGGUCUUUUUGGAGCCACAGGCUGUACAUCUGCUGUGUAAAGUAGCACCGGCUGGUUUUGCGUUUGGAGCACAGAGAUAAGCAACCAUUGACAAAUCAUAGGCAGCUUUGGUUCUGCACAUUGCGUGGGUCGCACAAAGACGCCCCCACCCCCCCCAGAUUCAGAGUUGUGUUCAUCUUGUGAGUCAGAGGAAGUGAAUUUUCUUGAGGCCCACGGCAUAAAAAGGGAGCGCGGAGAGAUAGGCGCAAAACUUGUAAAGUUGAUUUAGCAGGUGUGUCAUCUUCAGGGAGGCCUUACUUUUCCAACGAAACAACUGGUUAAUAUUUUGGAUAGUAUGGGAUCCUUAAAUCAGAGGCGUUUCCCCCCCACUAUUCUGUGACCUUUUGUCAUUUCAAGGGGUGACAUUGGGUGAACUACCAAAGACGAGCAUCUUUUUCCCCCUCUUCGCUUUUGCCUUCCGUGUAUUUGGACCUGCAGAUACAACGAUUGUAUGCAUCACAUAAAAUGCCUGAUUAUAUAUAUUUUGUUUGAACUUUUUUAUAUUAAAGAAUUGUACGGAAAAAAAA